AUGGAUGCUCAACUUCUACUCCCGCCUGUAUCACCUGUACCACCAAAUCCUUUUCUAUCUCUUACAAUUGAGCUCAAACAAAUCAUCUUCUCAGCACUGCCAGAUACUAGAAGCUUGAUAUCACUCAUCCUGACAUGCUCAUCCUUCUAUCACACCUUCCUCGAUGCUGAGUCUCUCAUCAUCAAAUCUAUCCUACGCUCUCAAGUCGGAUUGGAUCUUAUAUUCGACGCUACCAUUGUAUUCAAAUCCACGACGCUUAAAGCUUAUAGUAAUGACGCAGCCAUCGAGCUUCUUAAGUCGUAUACCAAGCAGGAUUUCGCAUGUCUGUCCCAGAUAUGGAAGCUUCGUGAUGCCUUAGCCGUUGGCGGCUUACACGAUAACAUCGAGUUCUUCUCCAGAGAUUUCGCUUCCUUGGCGCUGUCUAUUGACCCUGUGACUGGACUUGACGAGGCAUCGCCGUCUCCGCUAUCAUUGCUAGAAUCCACUCGAAUCAAACGAACCUUCUAUAGGUACGAGCUCUUUUGCAACAUAUUCCGAAAACGUGAAGACAUCCAACUCGGUAAGGCCGCCAGCGAGAGUCCGCAGAGCAUCUUUUUCUCAAUCUGCGCGCCUUGGGAAAAUGAGCAGUUAGCUUGUGUCCGAGACUAUCUCUUUAAACGUUUGUCUUUACCUUUCAACGAGGUGGCUGAGCAUGACGUUGAGUGGGGACAGUUGGAGAUGAAUUAUCUUGAUGACCAGGAUGAGCUAUAUGACUACUGGAAAGAACACUACCUUUCUCUUGGCCUGACAUACCUUCGCCAGCUUGUUACUACACCCGCAUUCGAUGACCGUUGCCGUCUCUUAAAGGAGCACAAAAGAGGCCCCGCUUGCUCACUCUUUGACGCUUUAGAGGCACAAGGCUAUGGCAACGGCCUCUCAAUGCUCGAAAAUUACACGGAAGAGGACGAACACGUUCAUAUCACUGCUCAACUUGCCAUUGACGGUGACAAGGGUCCAGAAGAGGCAUGGCGGUGGGCAUAUGCAGGGAACACCAAUGCGGCUUGGUACAACAUCAGUGAACAGGGAAGUCUUCGAAAACGGGGCUAUGUAAUGUGGGACUCCGCUCGACUUGCUCAAUGGGGUCUCUUAACUUACGAAUGGGAUGAGCUCUCUCGAGAUUCAUUUAAUAGUGAGGAUCACCGUCGUCGCAUGGAUGAGAUGAGGGGUUCCUUCAAGGCAAGACACGAGAUAUGGUGCCGCGGCGGCAGAGGUUGGUGGAGCGCCAAGGACGAGAGUCGUGUUGUAUGGCCUCCGCCAGCUCCACCCGAGAGAGCCAAGACAAUGGAACCCAAGAGAUGCUGGGGUAACAGGGACGUGUGGGCUACCGAUAUGGAGACGUGGAGGGAGAAUCUCUGA